CAUUGGAAAGUCUAAAUUUACAUUUCAUGCUAUACUUUAUGCAGAGAUGAAUAGUAUCUAAUCAUUUCUGCUUUACGUAAUAAUUGGACGUUUAUUCAUGUUGAAACUGAGUCAAAACAAUCUCUCGAACAUCCCAAGGAGGAAAUUUUAUCUCUGAUUCCUCAGUUCACUCGAUUAUUCGGACGUUUAUAGUAUUAAGCAUAAAUUAAAUGUGUAUUGAAUGGUGUUCUGUACACUUGGAAAAAAAAACUUGAUCUACGAGCAAACCGUGAUUACAUACGUGUUUAACAAUCGUACUACAUAACUACAGUAUUUCUGUCAGACGCAGUGGAUGAAAGUAGCAACAUAAUUGUACCUUUAUGAAGUAAAUAUCCCAACAUGUCAUCAAAAAUUUCGAUUUGGAGAAAAGUACCGGGUUAUGUCGGCCGGUAUAACGACGUAAUUUAUUCACGCCCGCUAAUGUCAGUAACGCCACCAAGCCAAGAUGUUCUUUUGUAUUUCGGAGGCGAUAUUCAGGAUUUACAAGAAAACAUGGAGAAAACUGAUAAUAAAGUACACAAAAAAUGGUGCUUGGAGAAUACCGCAGAAAUACUUUCAACGAACUUUCCUAAAAAGCAUGUACUUGUCGUUCGACCAUCCAGAAUAACUGUGAAUACCUUUAGCUGUUUCGAUAACUUCGUGCCAUCAAACGAAUGUGGCGUGCCAACAUUCCUCCCAAUGCAUAAUGCUUUAAAGCAUUUACUGGAAUUGGUUAAAUCCUGUUUAAUUCAUAUUAAAGCAUGCACUACAGAUCAGGAUCCUAUAUGUUUCACUAUUGAAAAUACAAAAUUAACGUUAUUAGGCUUCAGCAAAGGUUGCGUUGUAUUGAAUCAAUUGCUUCACGAGUUUCAUUAUUAUCAAAGUGAACAAAAUUUGGAUGUGGAGAUCGAUGACUUCCUAAGACUCAUUGAAAGCAUGUGGUGGUUAGACGGUGGUCAUGCAGGUUCUAAAGAUACAUGGAUCACUGAACCACUAAUACUGGAAUCUCUUAAAAAAUUAGGCAUAGACGUUCACGUUCAUGUUACACCGUACCAAGUUCAAGAUUUUCAUCGUCAAUGGAUCCGUGAAGAGGAACACCACUUUUGUACUAUUUUACGUAAUAUUGGAGUUCCUGUAAAACGGAUAUUACACUUUGCAGAUAAGUCAAGAAGUUUAAAACAUCACUUCAAUGUUCUCAAAGCCAUUCGAAAUUAUACCUAAUAAUUAUAAAUGAAUUUAGAUAUUCUAGAUUUA